GUCGUGCACCUCGCAGGGCGGACAGCGCUUCCUUGUCAAGAUGGCGGCUCCCUUGACUCUGCUGUUGAUUGUGGCCGUUACGAUCCGUGCCGCUCUGUUCCGGUCCAGUUUGGCGGAGCUGAUUGCAGAGAGGGUGGAGGUGGUGUCGCCGAUAACCGCCUGGAAGAGAGUUGUUGAAGGUUUGGCUCUGCUUGAUUUGGGAGUUUCACCAUAUUCUGGAGAUGUUUUCCAUGAGACUCCUCUCAUCAUCUACAUGUUUCACUUUUUGGUGGACUACGCAGAGAUCACAUUUAUGCUGGCCGACGUGAUCACCGCUGUGGCUCUUUACAUGGCAGUGAAGGAGUACAACAAACAAGUGUUCAGAAAGCAGAAGUUUGCUUUGGAGGCCGACCGCUACCCCAUGGACUCUCUGGAGCUCAUCAGAAGCCCCAAAGAAAUGUACUACAUCCCUCUGAAAGUAGCCAUGUUUUACCUGCUGAACCCGUUCACCAUCUUAUCCUGUGUCGCCAAGUCGACCUGUGGCCUGAACAACGCCGUCCUCGCCCUCUUCUUCCUCUCCACAAUAAAAGGAAAUGUCUUACUGAGUGCCAUAUUCCUUUGCUUGGCCACGUAUCAGUCCAUCUAUCCCAUCACCCUGUGUGCUCCUGCCAUGCUGUAUUUUAUGCAGCGUCAGUACAUCCCAGUGAAUUUCCGUCGGGUCAGCUUCUGGUGGUUCAUCGUGCAGUAUCUCUUCAUGUACCUCGGCAGCUUGUUUGUCCUCAUCUGUCUCUCCUUUUUCCUGCUCGGCUCCUGGGACUACCUGCCCUCCGUCUACGGCUUCAUUCUCUCGGUUCCUGACCUCACUCCGAACAUCGGCCUCUUCUGGUAUUUCUUUGCCGAGAUGUUUGAACAUUUCCGCCUCUUCUUCCUCUGCGUCUUCCAGAUUAAUGUUUUCUUCUACACCAUCCCUCUGUCCAUCAAACUCAAGGAGCAUCCCGUCUUCCUGAUGUUCAUGCAGUUAGCUGUGAUCUCCAUCUUUAAGUCGUACCCCACUGUGGGAGACGUUGCACUCUACCUGGCCUUUCUUCCUGUUUGGAGUCACCUGCACAGAUUCCUGAGGAACAUCUUCCUGGUGUCCUGUGUCUUGCUGGCCUGUUCGGUUCUGUUCCCGGUUCUCUGGCACCUCUGGAUCUACGCCGGCAGCGCCAACUCCAACUUCUACUACGCCAUAACUCUGCUCUUCAACGUGGCGCAGAUCCUGCUGGUGUCAGAUUAUUUCUACGCCUUCUUGAGGAGAGAGCACCACCUCACCAAUGGGCUGUACCUGAAGAGGAAGGACGGCUCUGAGGCGACGCUGAUUCUCAAAUAAAACGCACCCGUGUUUCCUCUGAUGGGAGGAAUAAACUCGUCUUCUUUUUAUCCUCAGAGGGAACAAACAAAAACUGAAGGAGGGUAAAAGACGUUCAGACCUCCCGUGGUCCUCAAACAGAUCAAAACGGCACACGCAGAACGUGAGCACGGUACAGCGUCACAUGCAAACAACAGCACUUCAACAUACAACAUGACAGACGUGUGGGAUGUCGACAUGUGGCUUAUUCUGAGGCCUCACCUCCACCUGUAACCUCCACCUGUGGUUUCUUCCUGUAAGCCACUCUGGAAAAGUUUAUUUUUUGAUGCUUUGUUGUUCUUGCAGCUCCAGAUUUUAUUUUAAAGCACCAACUGUUGUGCUGAAGGAAAAACCUCUUUUAUUUGAUCAUUCUCGCCCACGUGCACGCUUUUGUGUUGUUUUGUGUUUUCCUAAUUGCCUUUUUGUUAAAAGUGGCGUCUGUCGUGGUCAGAGGAGAAAGUAAAAACUAUUUUUAAGAGCUUAGAAACCUUUUGUUUCUCACCAGUUUAACAGUGUUUGCCUUUUACAGUCUGCUCUUCAGUUCUCGCUUAUCUAAAGUCACCUGAGAUUUUUAUCAGAAACUGGAAAGUUUUUCUGACAAGAAGCUGCGUUUGUCAAACAUCAGAUAAUAACAACUACCGAGCGGGAAACGAAGCCUGCAGUGAAUGUGUUGACAACUGAGUUGCUUGAGUUUGACAUGUUUGGAGAGCAGAAACAGAUAAUCAUCAUUAAGCUUUGGUGGAGGGUUGGAGACCGGUCCCAGGAAGAACACAUAUAAUAAUGGAUCCAAAUAUUUCUGAUGGUUUUGGUUGUGGAUUUAAAUAUCGAAGAGGAGUCUGAAAUGUAAAGGGCCUUUCUUCUUGUUGUUGUUUUGGACCAAGUUAAAGCGCUGCAGUGAGCUCGUGUUUUCCACUUUAAUAUUUAACCCCAAAUAAUUCACCAAAUGAAUCCCUGCUUUACUCGUAUUUCUGCAUGUCAUCAAGGUUAUUUAUUUAGAUCAAAUUUGUAAUGAACAUUAAAAAAUGAACUCGGAUGUCUGUUUGGUGAAUAUAAAGGUACAGACAGGCAAAAAAGUGUCAAAUGGAUAAUUAGUUAUAUUUAAAAAUUAAAACCAGCUGUUUAUUUUCAAUCUUUGUCCUUUAUAUUUACUGUAUUGACGUGUGAGUGGAAUCAAUCUGAACGUCUUAGCAGAUAAGCGUGCAUGCAGUCGUCCUUUUCAUUAGACAGUGUCUCAAAUCCACUCUACACACUAAUUCUGUAACAGUAUUUGUUACAUACAUACUAACUCCAUAAAAACAGAAUUACUAUUUUAUACUUACAGGAAAUUAUACAGCAAUUCAGAUCCAAUGUUUGUUUUGCAUCACAUAUCAUAGAAGUGCCAAAACCUGCAGUUCCUCUAAUGUCCACUAGAGUCUGGCUGUAAUGAGUCAGUCCCCAUAGGCUCCCAUGUUAAAAUGCUUACAGACAAGUACAUACAUGGUUUUGGCUAACUAGUUUCCUCCAUAAAGGUGUUUUUAGUUUUAAUCACUCGUCUGUUUAAUUUUUGUUUGGCUUAAAGUUUUGAUGCUGUUGCUGCUUUCACUCCCAGGCGGGUAGAGUUACAGGCGUCACCUCUGCUAACUGAGUCUGAACAGGACCUUUUGACUGUGUUUGUGCUGUUGGUGCCUUGUGGAGCAUUUUUAAUUUUGGUAUCUGACCUGCUUUGGUACAGACCAUCCAAAAAGUGUGCUUCAGUGUUGGUGAAUGAAAUACUAAUAUCUGCCCGUACUAAGCACUAAUUAGCAGGUACGAGUGUCUGAGAAACUGCACUCAGUUUAUGAAUGAAUAUGUUUUUUUUGUUCAAAGGUUUUCUUCAAACAGCAGCCAGAUUCAACCACAGCGAGACUUUAAACACUGAUUCAGUCACUUUGCUGGUGUGACUUCACUACAAACUCAGACUCAGCUCACAUGUAUGAUGGAAUUGAGACAUGAAAUCAAAGUUUUGUUCUGUUUUCUGCUCAUUGAUGAUUUCCCGUUGUAACAUGAAAUAAUUUUAUCGGCACCUGUGAACAACCAUGUUUGCUUUCAGUAGAUGUCGGGACACAUGCAGUUACAUUAAAAAUGAAAAACACAUCCUGUGUUUGUAUCUGAACUGUACCCACUCACUGCCCAGUUACAUGACAACAGUCUGUUUGUUUUGGGCAAAUAGCAACUGUUUUAAUGCCAAUGAUUCAUUUUUGGUGUAUUUAUUUGCUGCACUGAAACCUUUGCUAAGAGAUUUUGUUUUGUGAAAAAGGAGCUCUUGUGUUGUUUUGACACUGCGCGUAUGUACGAGUUCAAGUUUGAUUAAAGUUCAGGGUUUAUAAGGGCCGAUGUUACGUUUAAUCCGUGAUUGUCAUAAAUGUUGAUUAAUAAACUCCGGGUGCUGGUUUAGA